AUGAUGCUGCAGUACACCAGAGCAGCAGCAGCUGCUGCUGCUGCUCUCAUCUGCUGCCUCAGCCUACUACACCUAGGAGCCCUCGCGGCCCAGCAGCCGCAGCAGGGCGCCCCCCCCGUCUACGGUGCAGCCGAUCCAGCAGCAGCAAGAGCUGCUGCUCCGCCCCCGCAGCAGCAGCAGCAGCAGCAGUAUACACCUCCUGCUGCUGCUGCUGCUGCUGCUGCUGCUGCUCCCCCUCCUCCACCGCAGCAGCAGCAGCCUCCUCCUCCUCCGCCGCCACCGCAGCAGCAGCAGCAGCAGCAGCAGCAACCUGUAUAUCAGCAGCAGCAACCAGCUGGGGGCUACGCUGCACCUCCCCCCCCUGCAGCGCAGUAUGUGUAUACACCUGACGGCCGCCAGCAGCAGCAGCAGCAGCAGCAGCAGCAGCAGCAGCAGCCUCCGCCGCAGCCAGCUUACUAUGCUAGUACAGACCCGAGAUACACGCAGCAGCAGCAGCAGCAGCCGCAGCAGCAGCAGCAACCACCUAGCUACCAACAUCAUGCUGCUGCAUACCAGCAGCAGCAAGGCCCGCAGUACGCGCAGCCAGCUGCUCCCCCCCCACCGCCGCCGCAGCAGCAGCAGCAGCAGCAGCCGCAGCAGCAGCAGCAAUACUAUCAGCCGCCUCCUCCUCCCCCUCAACAAUACCAGCCCCCACCGCAGCAGCAAACAGGAAGAGCACCGCAGCAGCAGCAGCAGCAGCAGCAGCAGCAGAAGCGGCAGCAACCUACACAGGAGCGGCAGCAGCCUACGCGUGCUGAGCCACAGAGCAGCAGCAGCAGCAGCAGCAGCAGCAAGAAGGAGAAGAAGCAGCAGCAGAAAGACAAAAGACAGAAGCAGCAAAGACAAACAGAAGACAACAACCCCUAUGGGGACCCUGCUGCUGCUGCUGCUGCUGCUGCAGCAGCAGAUGAAAUGACCCCGGAGUAUCAACCGAGACGAACAGAAGAAGGAACUGUGGUUGACGGGGAGCACGCUACUGCGAGUCAAGGAUCUAGGGUGGUUGACGGGGAGCACGCCACAGCGAGUCUGAUGGAGGAGUGA